GAUACGCUGGCCGAGCAACAUCCAUGAUGGCUUCUGCCAAGAAAAAGCAGGACGAGAAAAACUUGAAACUUCUUCGAGAUCUCGCAGCUUUACCCCACAACAAAAAAUGUUUCGAUUGUGGACAGAGGGGACCUACAUAUGUGAAUACCACUAUAGGAUCUUUCGUUUGUACAUCAUGUAGCGGCAUUUUACGUGGGCUAAACCCUCCUUAUCGAGUAAAAUCAAUUUCGAUGACAAGCUUUACUCCACAAGAAAUAGAAAAUCUACAAGGAACGGGAAACGAGUAUUGUAAAAAGGUAUGGUUGGGACUGUGGAACUCUUCAGCACCAGCAGAACCAGAGUCCAGAGACGAACAAAAAAUAAAAGAUUUUAUGGUCCAGAAAUAUGAGAGAAAAAGAUGGUAUAUGCCCCCUCAGCAAGCCAUAGCUAACAACACAAGCCAGUCAGCACCAGAACCCAAGCCACUGAAGCAACUUUUAGGAGAAAAUACCCCUCCUGUAACAGUCCAAGCACAGGCAACAAGAGAGAGACCUCGCACGGGAAGCCAAACAGGUGCUUCACCAACACCGGUAUCUGUUGCUCCACCCCCUGGUACUGCACAGCCUGCUGCACAACCAGCUCCACAACCAGCUCCACCAAAGCCUCCAUCGGUGGAUCUACUGGGUGACUUAGGAGGAGAUCCCUUUGCAACUCCACAACCACAGGGUCAGUUUGGAUCACCACCACAAGCAGGUGGCUUUGGAUCUUUCAAUGCAUUUGGUGCACCAGCGGCCGCACCUGCACAGAAUGCGUUUGGUGCACCAGCGGCCGCACCUGCACAGAAUGCGUUUGGCGCACCAGCAGCAGCACCUGCUCAGAAUUCUUUUGAUCCAUUUGGAUCAUCAGCUCCCCAACCUGCUCAACAAUCUCAGCCAAGUUUUGCUGCAUUUGGGGCCCCUUCCCAGCAGCAGCAGCAACCUGCUCCUCAACCACAACAGCAAACUAAUUUGUUUGAUGCAUUUGGAUCACCUCCAUCAUCAUCAGGAGGAGGGUUUAAUGCCUUUGGUGCUCCUCCAUCAUCAGCACCAUCACAACCACAACCUACAUCAAAUGCUGGAUUUGGUCCACUUGUGUCAGCGUCUGGAAGCACAGCUACCCAAAACACAGCAGGAGACAAGUAUGCAGCACUGAGUGAGUUGGAUAACUUGUUUGGUCCAUCAAGUGGUGGUAGUAACACAGGCCUCAGUACUGGAACUGGGUUUGGUUCAGGUGGCUCAUCUUCAUUUGGAAUGUCUAGUGGACCAAAUCCUUUCUCAAAUACAUCAACUGGAAGUGUAUCCGGAGGUUUUCAGCAGCCCAAACAGCCACAGCAGCAGCAACAGCAGCCAUCCAAUCCAUUUCAAGGUUUGGGAGGAGGCCCCGCAGGGUUUGGUCAGCUAAAUGGUCCCAUGAAUAGCAUGAAUCAAGCAAGCAGCAUGAGUGCAACCACAGGUACAGGAUCAGUAUUUGGCAGUCAACCAAGUUCAGGAUUUGGUAAUCAGCAGUCCUUUAGUGGCAAUCAGCCUGUUAAUUCAGGAUUUGGUAAUCAGCAGUCCUUCAGUGGCAGUCAGCCUGGUAAUUCAGGAUUUGGAAGUCAACAAUCCUUUGGUGGCAGUCAGCCUGUAAGUUCAGGAUUUGGUAAUCAGCAGUCUUUUAGCAACACUCAAUCCUUUACUGGUGGCUUCGGCAACUUAACAACAGCACCUCAGCAAUCAUCAUUUGGUGGAAACCAGCAGUCUGGUUGGGGUAGCAUGGGAGGCCAGCAACAAAUGGGUGGCCAAAAUAUGGGUAUGCCACCAUCAUCUACCCAACAGAAUCUCAGCUUUGGUGGUGCAGGAAUGACAGCACUGGCUUCAGCACAGUUUGGAAAAAUGGGGGGUGGCUUACCACAACAACCUCCAGUGAGAGGUCAAAUGAACUUUGGUGGAAAUCAACCUGGGUUUGGUGGUAGUCAGGGAUUUGGUGCUGGACAGCCAACAUCCAUGUUUGGAGGUUCAGCAGGUGGAUUCGGAGCAAGUUCCAUGUCUAGUGGCAACAGCUUUGGAGCUCAGCAGCAACCCUCAGGAUUUGGAGCUCCUGGAGGCUUUGGUGCGCAGCCAAGUGGCGGAUUUGGAAAUCAGGGAGGAGCAGCAUUUGGUGGUAACAUGUCUGGAAUGGGAAGCAGUCAGUUUGGACAACAGCAGCAAAUGCAGCAGUUUGGAGGGGGAUGGCAACAAAGUCCACAGGCAAAUCCAUUUAUGAAUGCUGGAGCACAGCAAGGCAUGCAAAGACAAGGACAGUCUACAAAUCCAUUUAUGUAGAAAGCUGGCUGAUUUAGGUCACAAUGUUAUUGGAAUUAAUUCCCAAAUGAUCUUAGCCACAAAGGAUGGAUCAAAUGGCUUAGUGGAAUUUGUUUUUAAGAGAAAAGAAAGAUUACAGGCAACUUCUGGUUGUUUAAGUCAUUUCUGUCAUAGAUUGCAUUGUUAACUCUUUGCUGUUAAAUAUGAAACAUAUUUUAUUAUGGAACAUAUUGUGUGAUCUCUAGAUAGAGAGAACAGAAUAGACUUUUGGAGAGAUUUAAUGAACCCUCCUGACAAAUUGAAAAUGAAACAAAACUGAUUCCCCUCAGAAGCCAUUUAUGUGGGCUUAACUUUGCAAAAUGCAAGCAAUGCAACUAUGAUAUACAAAAUGAAUUCCCCAGAGGAAGCUCCCUCUCCCAACUCUCCUGAAGUCUUUGUCCAUAACCACCCACCCUCUCCCCACCCCUCCCCCCAUUAUUCCCAUCCUCAUUACAUAAUCAGUUCCCAUCAUCCCAUGCAGAAAAAAAGCUUGUAACUGUAGACAUGUAGUAUGAAAAAAUAAUGAGAAAAUAGUUAGGUAGUAAACAAUGCAGUAAGCGCCACAGUAGGACCUUGCAAAUCUUGGAAAAUUAUGUGAAACUUGUCUCUAACAGAAUAAUUUGAAUGUAAUAAAUUUUACUGAAAAAUAGUCAUUCUACACAGGUUCAGUCAAUAUUGCCACCUAAUCCUUUCAAUUUCAUCUUAAGGGAUGAUUUGUCUGACAAUAUUCACUUUUCCCUUCAGAAUGACAGUAGUUUGAAGCAAUAUACUGAAAGCAUGUCACAACUGGGCAUUAGGAAGGAAAAUAUGAAGGUGUAAUCUUUUAAAAGGAUGUAGUUAUAUAAUAUUAACCCUUUAACUCCCAGAAGUGAUAAACCUUUCUUCCUGAUGUCUUACAUUAUCCAGCAAAUGGGUGAUAAGAAUACUCAAACUUAUCAGAGAGUUGUUAUCUUCGUUUUACGCCAAAUUCUCUUAACUAAUUUACAAAGAAAUGUGUAGCAGCCAGAGAGGAGAAUUAGAAAUCUGAUCUUGGGAGUUAAAGGGUUAUUUGUUGUUAAUGCUAAGUAAUAAUGCAUUUGUUACACCCAUUACAUGGGCUGUCACUCAUUGGUUAGGAUUGGCAUCGUGUGACAGUAUCAGUGAUGGCUGUAAAUGCAAAAGUAAAACAACACACUAGUCAGAGAUAGGCAGGUCUGUUGCUUAAUUUGACCAGAACCUCAUUUGCCCAAGGUUCAUGUAUUGAAAUACUAACAACUAACAUUUUGUUGAAAAAAUUUGAUAUGGUAGACUCUCCUCCAAGAUGGCAGAUUAA